UGGAGAACUGGUUGUUUUAAAUUUGGAAUGGAAACAAAAUUAGACCGACACAGCGGGGGUUGAUUUUAUUUAGAGUUAAUUUCUCCUAUGCUGUUGGUGUCGAUGAGGGCCUUACAUUUUAGCAUUUAGUGCUAGCUAGUCAAGACGUAUUUUAUAUUCCGCGUUACUAUUGUUCGGUAGGCCGCGAGUUACCGGAAGUGUGUUUCAGUGUAGUUUUGGUAGGGGAAAACCCAACCAAACUUCAGCAGUAGUGUGAAAAUGACUACAGCAGUAAAUCUGUUCGAAUGGAUGGAGCUGUUGAAUGACAUGCUUCAAUUUCUGGAUGCAACGGAAACAUCUGCAGAACAGCUUGCAGGGCUUCAAACGGCAAUAAACGAUAACCAACAGCAGCAGCAGCAUCAGCAUCACCAACAUUGUGGCGAUAAUUUUAAGUAUGAGGAAAAAUGCGACUGGCGUCUUCAACGUGAACGGCGUCUGCCCCCCGAGACCGACGAUGCCGGUCAACGGGAGUGUGCUGAGUACAUGAAUAUUGUCAAUAAAAUAGAUGAAUCUCGCUAUAUGUUGAUACAGAAAUGUAAAUCGUUUCUGAGGAUGCUGGAAAAACGACUACCUCGUAAACAGCCAACAGGAGACCACGACGAAAUUGGAGAGGAAGACGAAAACUCAUAUCUGGAGAUGAGCGGUGUGGGAAAUAAAAAUGGCAUUAAUUUAGCACCACCGACAGAUAGGGUUGACUCCUGUUGUGAAAAUUUGGUUGGAAGCUGUGUCGAAAGUGAUUUGAUUGCCAAAGAGGAGAACGAGAGAAUUCCCUCCAUCGUUGGAAGCAAAAAUGAGGAAGUACUGAAUUUGGAGGAAAAUUGUUACGAUUUUACUACCGAUAGAUGUUUGUACGAUGAUUGCUCCGACUUGAAGUUGAGUAAUGUGAUAAAUGUAGUUCCCACGGAGGAUGACAGCAGCAAAUGCCCAUUCAGUGGUUUACCGGCGACGCAUUUGCGAAUCAAGCAAUCCCCGAAAUAUGGAACCCUUUUCAGAUUCGAAAAGAGAAUAUUUUUCGAUCAGUCCAAAAAGUUUUACGUUGGCCUGUUAGAUAAAUGGCUUCUUUUGUACAACAAUUGUAACGACUUAAAGCCAACCCAGUGUGUUCAGGUGAAGGAUAUCAAGCUAGAUCUUAGUUUAAACGAUCAAAUCAACGAAAAGAACCAGUUCCACAUUAUCACAUCAAAUGAGGGUAAACUUUGCUUCCUAACACCCAGUUUCAAAGAACUCAAUGAAUGGAUAGUUGCCAUUCAACAGAACUUGUUGGUUAAAAGUGACAAUACGGCGAGUAACAGUUCCCGUAAAUUACCCCUUCCGCCAACGCCAGAUUUUAUCAUCGAUGAACCAGACAAUGGAACCGAUUCCAAGGAUCACGAGGACGGCAUCUACGAGGAACCUCAGCAGUUAUUGAGUAAACAGCAUCCGACUACCGAAAACGAGCACAAGUAUGACACACCGAAAGCAACCGCUGAAGUAGGACAAAACCAAAACCAACGGAACACAAAUGCUAGUAGUCCUUCUAAAAUAAUUAAUGUCGUUCCGAUUUCACCAGCUAGAGCAAACAAAUGUGAUCCAAUUUGCCAUUUGCCGGUACCAACUGUUGCUAACAUUUCCGACUCUCAGCCCAACCCCCCGCUCUCCUCAUCCACUCCGGCAAUGACAACUCCGGUCAAAAGUUGGUUGUUUAAUCGUUUCAAUAAAUCUCCCGACUCCGGUGCCAGUGUCGACCAGAAACACACAAGGAAACCAUUGCAGAAGAAACUCUCCUUUCAACCCCAGGACACUGCUCCAGUUGGGGUGAAGCCAACUAUGGCCAUUGGCGGUACAGACGGGAUUGCAAAACCGCCCAUUUCGAUGAAAUCCCCAUCUGUUACUGUUCCAUCGGCAUCGCAUAAGGGAAGUAAAAUAAAUAUGAUAAUUAGCCAGUUGGAAGCAAACGGACAGUUGAAUUUGCUAUCGAAAAGUUGGAACGAGCAGGGAAAACGGAACACUUGGUGUGUCGAGGAGUAGAUUUUUAUUUUUUGUUUGUUGCUGUUGUUAUUCUAUAAGGCGGAACCAAUAAAUUGCUAUCAGAU